AAAAUUAACACACACAAACACACACACACACACUUGUAAAAUACUUAUCAAAUAUCCUCAAUGGCAUCAUCCAUGACCAUGACCACCUCCUUCUAUGGUGGCGCUGUCGCCACCAAGCCAGCCACCGCCACCACCCGUCCCAGCCAGCUGGCGGUGAGGGCCUCAAUGGACUUUGAGAAGGUGGUGGCGACAGCCGCAGAGACCACCAACACGAGGCGGGGCCUUGUGUUGGCAGGCAUGGCCGCAGUAGCCGCAUCAUCCGUCGCAAAAGCUGCAACGGCUGAGACGAUCGUCGGCGGCUACACUGACCAAGAUCCAACGAAACGGGAGUAUUUCCAAAUAGCAACAUUCGCGGUGUCGGAAUACAACAAACAGAAGAAUUUGGGCUUCAUUUUGGAGUCUGUGUUUAGGGCUCAGACGCAAGUGGUGUCUGGUGUGAAUUACAAAGUCGCGUUCACGGUCAGGGAUAAUCGCCCCGGCAACCCCUCCAGCAACUUCGAGGCCGUUGUUUACUCAAAGGCCGCGCCUACACUCCUUGAGCUCAUUUCCUUCGACCCACUUCUUAAAUAGCUUUUCUCAUCGCAACAAAAAUAUCUCCACUGUUUGUUUAGCACUUUCCCUAGCCUCUAUAAGGCCUUUUAUUUCCUAGCCUGAAUAAAGGCUUUUAUUGUAAUUUGGAGAUACUUUUUCACAAUAUUGUCAAUAAAUGACAUUCCCCUCUUUAUUUCU